CGCCAACCAUUCGAAGAACUGUGACAAUUCGAACGGCCACUUCGACGCCCAUCCGCCGCCAUGACGAAGAUCAAUGCCACCCUUCACGCCUCGCGGAGGAAGUCGCGCAAGGCGCACUUCGGCGCCCCCUCCAGCGUCCGCCGGACCAUUAUGAGCGCCCCCUUGAGCAAGGAGCUGCGCGAGAAGUACAAUGUCCGCUCCAUCCCCAUCCGCAAGGACGACGAGGUCACCAUCGUCCGUGGCUCCAACAAGGGCCGUGAGGGCAAGAUCACUUCUGUCUACCGUCUGAAGUACGUUGUGCACGUCGAGCGGGUGUCCCGCGACAAGUCCAACGGCCAGUCCGUUCCCCUCGGCAUCCACCCCUCCAAGGUCGUUGUCACCAAGCUCAAGCUUGACAAGGACCGUGAGAACAUUCUGGAGAGAAUCGGAAAGGGUCGUGAGGCUGUCAAGGCUAAGGCUACUAAGGCAUAAAAUGGUGCAACGGUCGUUUGAUGGGAAAGCGGUUAGUUCUAGCAGCAGAGCAGGAAUACUUUGAAACCUGGGAUCUGUCGGAACAUUGCUAGAACAAAGAUGUCAUGUUUUCGAAUCGAAUGAAUUCAUUGCAUCAACGAUUUAAAAAUGUCAUGUCAUUUCGUGAUUCCGAUCUUUGCUGACUCUCGGCAUCUGAUCUUCCGUGGUUACGGUUGAAGCCAACCCUUCCGCAUCAGUUCUUUUUCAUCGUCUUCCCUCCCUACGAUACAAUCCCACGCGCUUGUUUAUCUCCUCGCC